CUGUAAAACCUCCGCCCCAAUAGAUGUCUCUGUGGGGAGGGCGAGAAGGUAAACAAGCCGGUGCAAAGUGACUCUCCUUUUUCUCCGCCAGGUCUCCUCUCGUCUUCCGAUUUGGGGAGAGAAAAAAGAAGGGAAGGAAGAGGAGAGGGAGAAACUUCGGAAGGAUCCAAAACGGAGGAAGAUUUGCAGAGAGAGAGGCCUUGGGAUGAAAGCCAAAGGAAAGGAUCCUGCCACCCGGCUGAUUUGAAACCCCUCCGGCUGAGCCGCUCUCUGCAAAGGCAAGCUGUCAACAACCCGCCAAACUCGCUCUAGAGGCUGAGCAGCGCGUGAGUUGUGGUUGGCGGCGAGGAGAGAAAGCCAAUAUGCUGGGAUGCCUCAGAGCAGAGCAGAUGAAAAUAAGAUAGGGGACUGGCUGCCUCUGUUUGCCGUUGCCCAACCUCAAGGACAACGAAAGGAGGGCGAAGGUUUGGAGCCGGUGGGGCAGAGUCCGCCCGACACUUUAGGAAAGCGAAUAACAACACACCCAAAUAACCUUCGUCUUCUACAUCUGUCUUUGCUUUUUUUUAAAAAAAAUAACUUUUUUUAAAAGGAAAAAACCAAACCGUUUGUGCAGCAAAAUCUUUGCAUUUUAAUCCUAUUUUUAACCAGUUUAUGGAAAUUUACUUCUUUUAAUUUCAUAUAUAUAUAUAGGCGUGGGUUUCUUUGCUUUUUUAAAAAGAUUUUUUUUUGUACAAAAAAAGGGAGAUUUUUCUUUUUUUCUUUUUUAAAAAAAGGAUCUUGAAAGAUAACAAUCCUUUGCGGAUCUAGAAGCGGAGAGAUUGAGAGGCGGCCGGCGAUUGGGUUUCCUGGGUGUUAAAUAAUUAAAUUUUUAAAGCCGAGCUGGAGAAGAGGUGGCGGAAUUGAUUUCUCUGUGGCCCCCACGAGAAGCAGAAAACGCAAGGGAAAAACCAGCCUGGGGAAAAAAAACAUCGGUUUCUAUUCUCAUUUUUAUUUCCGCCUCGCGUUUUCUCAGCAGUGCCUGACAGCCCCCGAAAACAGCAGACCCCAAAUUGCCGUCGUCCCCCACUUUUAAGGUCUUUUACGGUAGCUUUUGAAAAAGGGGAAAGGCGACGUCGAGCGAGGAUAAAUUGGGAAACAGAGGAUAAAUUGAAAUAGGAAUCUUUCCCCACCUGCUUUUUUGAAAAGUGUUAAUGUUUUCUACCACUUGGGUGUAGAAGGCAAGGCGGCGAGCGAGGGCAGAGGAAUUGUACCUAGCAAACGUUGCAUUUUGUCGAGGCGACUAGAAGUUUGCGAAUCGUUUAUUGAUCCCGGGAGAGGGAGAGAGGUGAGUUUCUCCUGCCAAACGCCCGAAUCCGUUUUCCUCUUGAGAGGCAGAAUCGGAAAGCACAUUCAAACUUCAGCAGAAAGCGAGAAGGAAGCCUGUCAUUUAGGACUCGAUCCGACAGCCAGCCCGUUGGCUCGUCCGCGGUGGAUGCUUGGGUUUUUAUAAGGAAGGCGGCAGUAGGGGCAGCGCCAAAUGGAGCCCGAAUUAUCCACAGAACCAUCAGCGAAGGGGGAGAAUGUGCCAGCCGAACCCCAAACCACCGAGGCCUCCCCGGAGGAGCAAGACGUAGAGGACGUUGGUGCCAUGUGUGGCAAGGUGCCCGCCGCAAACGGGCAAGACCAGGAGGAGGCACCAAGGGCCCCGGCCUGCGAGGAAACCCCCCCGGGGGCCGGGAAGGGAGGCGAAGGGCCGGAACCCGAAUCUCUGGAGUCUGCGGAGGCCGGAAAGCUGGAUUCCAAAGAGCGUCUGGGAGAGGAGGAACUGCUGGCGGGCGCUGCCUCUCUGCCAAGUGUCUCUGACCCGGCUGAUGCGCCCCCCGCCGCCGCUGAGCAAGCCGGGGAGGCGGCCCCCGAGCCCCGGUCUUCUCCCGCCAGCCACCCCCAGCCCCCUGACUUCUACUGCGUCAAAUGGAUCAGCUGGAAAGGGGAGAGGACGCCCGUCAUCACGCAAAGCGAGAACGGGCCCUGCCCGCUGCUGGCGAUCAUGAACAUCCUUUUCUUGCAGUGGAAGGUGAAACUGCCUCCCCAGAAGGAGGUGAUCACUUCCGACGAGCUGAUGGCUCACCUUGGUGACUGCAUCCUGUCCAUCAAGCCCCAAAAACAGUCGGAAGCACUCCAGCUCAACUUUCAGCAAAACGUCAACGACGCCAUGACGGUUCUGCCCAAACUCUCCACGGGGCUGGAUGUCAACGUGAGGUUCACGGGAGUCGCUGAUUUCGAGUACACCCCCGAGUGCAUCGUCUUCGACCUUCUCAACAUGCCUCUCUAUCACGGCUGGCUGGUGGACCCACAGAUACCAGAGGUGGCCCAGGCCGUCAGCAAGCUGACCUACAACCAGUUGGUGGAGAAGAUCAUCACCUGCAAACACUCGAGCGACCCUAAUCUGGUGACGGAAGGCCUGAUAGCAGAGCAGUUUUUGGAGUCCACGGCCUCUCAGUUGACCUACCACGGCCUCUGCGAGCUGACGUCCACCGUCAAGGAAGGCGAGCUGAGCGUCUUCUUCAGGAACAACCACUUCAGCACCAUGAUCAAGCACAAGAGCCACUUGUACCUCCUGGUGACCGACCAGGGCUUCCUCCACGAGGAGCAGGUCGCCUGGGAGAGCCUGCACAACGUGGACGGGGACAGCUGCUUCUGCGACGCAGAGUUCCACCUCAGCCACGCCCUGGGCAAGGAGGCAGCAGGCGGUUCCCCACAAGAGCAGCACCUCAACCAGAGACAGGUGGACCAGGACUACAUGAUCGCCUUGUCUCUGCAACAGCAGCAAGGGGGACCCGCGCUCAGCGACUUAGAGCUUGCCCAGCAACUGCAGCAGGAGGAAUAUCAGCAGCAGCAGCAGCCGCCGCCGGCCGCGGCUCCCCCAGCACAGGGGAGGACUCCGCCGCCCUCCCGCCCCUCCGGAGAGCGCAGGCCGCGCCAGAAGCAGGAUUCGGACUGCGUCGUCCUGUAACGCCAAGCCGCGGGUGACCCAGAGCACCCGUUUCCCAGGUGACCGACGUCUGCCGCGGAGAAGGACCCUCUUCUUCUAUACGCCUCUUGUUCCGUUUUUUUAAAAAGACUGCUGUUUUUUAAAAAGUCUCCCCUCUUCUGGGGCUGAAACCAAAAUUAAAAGGGAAAAAAGAGAGAAACUAACCUUUGGGGUGGCGAAAACCCCGGCAAA